AGUCAGACCAGUCCUCCUCCUCCAGUGUCCGGUGACCCUCCUCAGCCGCACCAUCGCCCUGUGCACCCUCCCUUGUCCGCCCUACUUAGCGCCUUGGCCUGUGCUAGCUACUGUCGUUGUGUUGUAGAAAUGAGUCAGAAAAUCCACUAAAUAAAUCACACAUCCUGAAGAUCCAACCAUUAUAUGGAAGUUGUUGUGAACGAGGCCAGGGAAUGAGAAAAGACUUGUACAGUCAUGUAGUAUGAAAGAUGUAUUAUUUUUCUUAUACAUUACUACAUAAUAAACGGCAUCCCAGUGUUUUGUGUGAAGCAUCGCAGGAUCUUUGUGAAUCUAUGUGAGAAAUGAGAUAAAAUUUGUGGGAAGUUAAUCCCUGAAAAGUGGCAUCACUGCAAGGAGGUAAAUACGCCACUCUCAUUUCACAUUUCACGGGAGGCAGACUCGACUCCAGAAGGCAGCCGGCAACCCAAGGAUUAUUCUAGCUUUUCAGUUCCUCCAAGACUCUCUACAACUCAUAGCAACCCCUAAAAUAAUAGCUAAGUACCUUGUUAAAGUUUAGGUGAUCACUUAUUCUUGGGUACCGCCAUUUUAAGCAUACGGGGCUUGCUUAGGUAAUAAUUAUAUUAUAUAUUAUAUUAUAACUUAGAUUAAAUAUCUACAGUUGUUAUACGUAGUGGAAGUGACGUUGCUCUAGGUCUACAGUGUGACAGUGGUAACAAGUGACGUAUUCUGGUGUGGUGAAGUAAAUAACUCACACUCUGCCAUGGUUCACUACGACAGGAAGUAAUUUACAUUCAUGAAAUUCCUAAUGGUCCCCAGAUUUAGGUGAAGUGUUUGGCUUCAUUAUAUCCUCUUCGACAAUGCCUUUUAGAAAAUGAGGAACAGGAUUAAAGUGACAAAACUUGGAGUGUUUGUGGUUGUUGGAUUGGUCAUAACUUUCCAGCUUUACAAUAAAACAAAACGAAAAUUCACAACCACAAGUAAUGGUAAAUUUACAAACAGUACACAGAUGAACCGGACCAAAUUAAUUGUAAGUGAUGUUUCAACCAAAUAUACACAAACAUUCUCAGAAGUAAGUAAGGCUCUGAAAAAUAUAACCGAUCCACUGAUUUACGACAAGUCAAUGCUCCCUGGAGGACUCUACAGUGACCUAUGGAAUAAUUCAUCAGCCAUCACAGAAAACGCGUUAAUAGUAGUUAAUAGCCAUCGUAAUAUAAAAAUCCUUAAUUCAAAAACCACGUUUGGGAAAUAUGAUAAUCUUAUGAGAAAAAUAAAGAUUGAAAAUGAAGAGAGAAAUGACAAGAAACUCGUCAUGCCUAAACUAAAUAGAACAGUAAAGUUUGUCGAGCAGAAAGAGAAGCAACAUGUGCCAGGCCCCACCAUGGUAGAGGACACACAAAACUCCGGGUGGGGUGACAGAAGAGACGAGUUUACCCGCCGCGCCAGUGUUGUGAGGAGUGUGUGUCGCCAGUUCAAGGUCACGGAGGGGCCGGUUAGCAAGUCUUCACAGGUAGCAAAUUACACAGGAGCCUACGUGGAGCGGGUAUAUCCCAACAACUUCCAUCUGGCGCGUUCAGCUUCCACCCUCGCCUGCCUCAUCAACAAGGUGGCGUCAACGUCCCUGGCGGUAAGUCUCCUGAAGGCAGAUCGCCGUCCAGUACCAGACCAGUGGAGUGAGGCGACCUCCCCCCACAGUGCUGCCGCCGUACUAAAACCUCAGACUGAGGCAGAGUUUAACUUCGCAAGGAAAUACUUCUUCAAAUUCCUAAUGGUUCGUCACCCUUUCCAGCGCCUCCUGUCAGCCUACCGAGACAAGGUGGAGAGAGCUGAUCACUGGUCGCUGAAGGAGUUUCGUCGCCAUAUCAUGAACCACGUGAGGAAGGCAAUGCCAAGGGCGUCACCACCACACACAGCUCCUUCCUUGGACACAGAUGAGUUCUUCUCCCACUGGGCCCCCUACUGGAGUACCUGUGCCCCCUGCAGUCUUCACUAUGACGUCAUCGCUAAACUGGAGACCGUACACCUGGACCUGAAGCACGUAUGGCAACAGCUGGGGCUGAAGCAGUCAGGUGUGCCUUGGUCAAACAGGAAUGAGAGGAAUGGGUCGUCCAGCCAAGUGAACCACUACUACCAAGGCCUCCAUCCGCGCCUCGUGGCCAGGGUCUACCAGCGGUUUGCCCUCGACUUCCACCUUUUCCAGUACGAUAUCCUGGACGUGUUCAAGGAAGGUGGACACUGCCAGACAAACGACUGUACCGAAAUGGCUUCCUAUAUACGAUCUAUCUAAAUUAUCGUAAAAAAACAGCAUAUGAGCCUCAUAUUUGUGUUACUCUUACUGAACUUCCUUGUUAUGGUGAACUUGUCCUGCAGUAAAAUAUAACCUUAAAAUAAAAAUAAAUAUGA